GGGCACGCAAUGGGUGCUACUGAGGGGCAUGGGGUGUUUGUUGGGGGCUGCGGGAUGGUGAUGGGAUAUUGGGGGCCAGCAGAGGAAACCCCAGGCCCCUGUGACCCCCUUCUCUCUGCCAGGCCCGUAGAAGACCCCCCGAUCCGCCAGGGCAGCGCCCGGCACAGAGCAUGGACCGGAGACCCCCCUGAGCUCAGCCCGGAGCAGCGCCGGGGGACCCCCAUCAGCACUGGCCAGCAGGGGGCACCGGGGACUCCCACCACCCCAACUGGAGCCUCGGGACCAGACAUGCCCCCCGCCCCCCACUCCUGCCCCCCUGGAUAACUCGCCCCCGGGCUGCGCAGGAGCCACGUCCCAGCACCCCCUGGUGGGCUCCCCCGUGCCCCCCUGGACCUGGGCCAAGGGAAGAUGACCACUAGCCCCCAGGAGGCCCUGAUCUCCGCCUUCCUGCAGUUCAUCGAGGAGCGGGGCAGUCUGGCCUACGGGGCGCUGAGCCAGACCCGCCGGCCACCCCACGGCGACAUGAAUCUGCUCUACCGCAAGAGCAAGCUGGAGUGGAGACAGCACAAGGACGAGGAGCCAAAAAAGGGCUCCGCCAAGGACCCGGGAGCGGGGAAGAUCCGGGACGUGGCCUCCUUCCGCCGCCACUUCCGGAUGGGCUUCAUGACCAUGCCAGCCUCGCAGGAGCACGCGCCCCACCCCUGCGCUAGCGGCAUGGCGCCCCGCUCCCUCUCCUGCCACUCGGUGGGCAGCGUGGAGAACGGCGAGGGGGCCACCAGUGCCAGGAAGCCCCCGGCCAAGCCCAAGCGCCACCCCAGCACCAAGCUCAGCAUGGCAGGCGAGGGGCGGGUGGCAGAGCCGGCCGGCGGCAAGAAAACCGGGCCCCAGAAGUCAUUCUCCGAGAACCGGGAGUUGGGGCGCAAGGUGCCCCCCCAGAAGCCUAAGCGGAGCCCCAACACCCAGCUCUCUGUCUCCUUCGAUGAGACCUACUCCAGCCGCCCCCUAGUCACCUCCAUGGGCAGGGGGGCACCGCCACGGUUUAGCCGGGCGUUCUCCCACGGCCACACCAAGGGCUCGGACCCCGAGGACGAGGAGCCUGUCUAUAUCGAGAUGGUGGGGGACAUUUUCCGGGGCACCGGGGCACCCCAGCCGCCGCCGCCCCCAGCAGGGGAGGAGGACUCUGAUGAGAGCGAGGCAAUCUACGAGGAGAUGAAGUACCCCCUACCUGAGGAGGCCAACGGCAUGCCCGCCUCCCCCUGCCCGCGCCAGGCUAAGGCAGACAAGGGCAAGACCUCCCCCUGCGACAUCCCCCCGCCUUUCCCCAACCUGCUCCAGCACCGCCCGCCCCUGCUGGCCUUCCCCCAGGGCACGGGGCACAAGGGCUACAAAGCGGGCAGCCAGGAGGCCUCCUCCAAACUCCCUGUGCCCUGCCACGCCAAGGAAUCGCCGGCUGCGGCCCAUCCACCGGGGCACCAAGCCCUAGUGCCCUCCGGCCGCGCCCGCAGCCACUCCACUCCGCUGCCCCCACAGCCCACUGGGCAGCAGAAGGCGGAGAAGGAGCUGCCCAGUUCCCACAGCAUGAUCUGCCCCCCGGCCAAGCCGCUGCCCUCUAUGCUGCCCGUGCCCCAGCCGGCCAAGGACAAGCCGGCCGUGUCCUACACCAUGGUGUACUCGGCCGUCAAAGUCACCACCCACGCGGGGCUGCCGGCCGAGCAGAAGACUGAGAAGGAGAUCUCGGUGCUGCACGGGAUGCUGUGCGCCCGGCCAGCCACCGUGCCCGCCGGCAAGCCGGCCCCGCGCCCCGAGCCGCCCCUGGGCAUGCUGUGGACUUACCCAGCCCCCUGCGGGGGUAUGAAGCACCCGCCAGCCUACGAGAGCGUCAAAGGAGCCGGGGCCAAGGCCGUUCCGCCCGUGGUGAAGUUCCAGCUGCAGGACCGCGGGGCCUUCGCCAGCAUGGCCUGCUCCCACGUGGUGGCUGGCGCCGACGAGGAGAUGCUGGGCGUGGGUUGGGCGCUGCAGAGGAAGGGACUCUACAGCAACCGGAAAGGCAAAGAGCCAGACAAGCCCGCGGAGGGCGCCCGGGUCUGGAACGGCAGUGGCGAGGUGCAGCUGAAGCCAGACAGGGACUUGAAAGCCCUGGUAGGGACCUCGCUGUCGGGGAUCCCUGUCCGGGCCCCAGGACCCGAGGGGAUGGUGCCCAAGAUGCCGGGCUGCCGAACGGGGCUGCCUGUGCCAUGUCAGACCUUCCCUGCCUGCCACCGCAACGGAGACCUCACCGGGGGUUACCGCCUGGGCCGGUCAGCUUCCACCUCUGGGGUGCGACACACCGUGAUUCACACGCAAAGGCUGUGCAGCCACCCCAAAGACGCAACCAGCCUGGGCCUGCCACCCCUGCCCCUGCCCGGGGUGGCGCCAGGUGCCCAGGAGCGGGAUGGGAAGCUGCUGGAGGUGAUCGAGAGGAAGCGCUGCGUCUGCAAGGAGAUCAAAGCCCGGCACCGGCCCGAGCGCAGCCUGUGCAAGCAGGAGAGCAUGCCCAUCCUCCCCAGCUGGCGCCGCACCACGGACAGCCGCAAGGGCGGCACGCCGCCCUGCCGGCGCCAGCACACGGUGCUGUGGGACACGGCCAUAUGACGCCGGGGGCACGGCCCGCGUGGACCCUGCCACACCCCCACUGCACUGCCUUGGGCCGGCCGGGGACAGCAGCCCCCCGUAGCCGGGGAGGGGCAGAGGGGGUGAAUUGCUGGCUGUUGACCCGUCCGCUCUCCUGGGGGGGCGACCCCGCGGUGCCCUCGGCUGGAAAGAGCCGGUUGGCCAAGCUGGCGAUGCUGGACUGCAAGCGAGGCCUGGAACAGAGGUGAAGUGGGAGGGACACCCAGCGGUGAUGGACCAUCGCCCCCUUUCCGCUGCCCCUGGACUGGAUCUGGGGUGGGGGUCACAAUCAGGUGCCAGGCGCACCCACACCGCUGCCUUUCCAUCAUCGUAAGGGGAAGAGGGACAAGACUGGGGUGACCAGGUUUGAUGGUUGGGGUCGGGGGGAAAAAUCAAAGCUCUCCAGGGGGGGUUACUGAUCCCCGCCCUCUGCCCCACUGACCCCCCAACGCCUCCCCUUUGGCCCCACAGUGGGUACAGUCCUCCUCAGCCGCCAAGUCCCGUUAGCGUUUUUAGACACACGGCUGGACCGACUUGGGAUGCUGGCGCGCUCUACGGACCCCAACUGCUGCCGGGCGGAGGGGUGGACUCCCGCCAGGAUGCCUGGGUUCUGCCGCCCCCUUGAUAUAUUUAAGUAACUCGCCGGGAUGGGGGGGGCUCUCUCAAGUGUAACGAGAUGAUGAAAAUGCUUUGCAAAAU